AGUAAUUUAGUAUUUACAUCAUUAUUUGCUAUUGAAAUGAUUUUAAAAAUAAUUGCUGAUGGUUGUCUUAAAUAUAUUAAAAAUGCUUAUAAUUUAUUUGAUAGUUCAAUUGUUAUAAUGAGUCUUAUUGAAUUACAAGGAAAUAAAAAUAGUGGUUUAUCGGUUUUACGUACAUUUAGAUUAUUACGUGUACUUAAACUUGUUAGAUUUAUGCCAACACUUAGACGACAAUUGGUAAGAAAUUUUAUUUUAAUCUUAUUUUUUUUUUUUUUAACUAUUUAUAUUUAUCUAUUGAUUAUAUAUAUAAAAUAUUUUAAUUAUAUUCAAAAUUAAUGAUAAUUAUCAUUAAUAAACUAUUAUAUUAAUAUAUAUUAACCUAUUUUUAAUUAUAAUUACUUUAUAGAAAGUAUCAUAUUUUCAUAUUUAUAAACAUAAUAAAAAAUAAAAAAUAAAAAAUAUCAUUUAAAUCGAUUAGAUUUAUUUUUCAAACAACUUUUUGAAAAAUAUUUUACGACUUGAGAAUAAGAUUAAGAAUGAUCAAUUUAGAUAGAAUAUAUUAAAUUAUACAAUUUUUUAAUUCUUAACAAAUUACAUUAAAUUCAACUUGAGAGUUUAAUUAUCUAUUUUAUUUACUUUAAAAAUAAAUAAAUAAAUAAAUACAUAUACGUAUAUAAUUUAUAUUAUUAUUUAAUAGAUUGUUAUGCUUAAAACAAUGGAUAAUGUGGCGACAUUUUUUUCUUUAUUACUUCUAUUUAUUUUCAUAUUCAGGUAAGUGUAAAAAGAAGAAAAUUUCUUAAUAUAUAUAUAUAUAUAUGUAAAUAAAUGUAAAUAUGUAAAUAAUAAAAAAUUCUUCUCCAGUAUAUUGGGUAUGAAUCUUUUUGGUUGCAAAUUUUGCAAAUACAUCGAAGUUAAACAUACAAAACGUCUUGAAUUUGAAUGUUCAAGAAAAAACUUCGAUUCUCUUUUAUGGGCAAUUUUAACUGUUUUUCAAGUAAAUAAAAUAUUUUAUUAUUCAGGCUUUCGUAAAAACAAAAAACAACUCACAAAAAUUGUCCAUGCUUUCAAUGUUUUAUAUAUUAUUGUUAUGAUAAAAAGUGCGCGAUAAUAUAUUUGUUGUUGUUUUGCUUUGGUAUAAUGUUGUUAAUAAAGUUGUCUAUAUAUAUAUAGUAUUCUUGGUAUGCAUUUAUUUGGUGGUGAAUUUAGUUCAAUAGAAGCAUUCAAUAUAACAUCACAUAAACAAAUUCAUGUUAAAUGUAAAUGUUGUAAAUGUUAUCAAUAUUAUAUUUAUAAAAAUGAUACUCAUCUCAAAGAUUUCAAUUGUUUAGAACAAAGAAAAAAUUUUGAUUCAUUUACCUUUGCACUAUUAACCGUUUUUCAGGUAUCAUUUUUCUAAUUAUAUAUAUUUAUCCUUUCAACAAUAUCAAGAAGAUUCGAAGAGAGAAAAAACAUAUCAUUCAAUCAAUUACUAGACUAAUUACUAAAUUAGUUUUUCUUUCGAAAUUGAUAAUCUAAAACAAACAAAAACAAAAAAGAACGAGAAAUAAUUAAACGAAACGAUGAAACUUACCUGAUGAAAAAUGAAAAAUUUUCAAAAUUAACGAGAUUAGAAUGGAUUUAUAUAUUUGAGUAAAUUUCAU